ACUGUUGGGCUCGUAAUGCGGGACGGACAGGAGCUAUUGACAACUCUGAGAGGAUGUUAAUGUGUUCUUGGUGAACUUUGCUUGCUUCUGAGUGCUUCACGGUACCUCCCACAGUGGAAAUGGGAACUCCUUGGCCGGUUAAGAAAUAGCUAGCCGCUUGUGUCCACUCCAGUGCCUAAAUAUCCUGUCUGACAAUGGCGGAGCAGCAGCAGCAGUCUGGGCAUCCCAACAGGCCAGGGUCUCUAGGCAUGCCUGGUGCAGUGUCAGGACGUCGAAGUAACCUCCGCUUGGCGUUCCCGGGUCAGGGAAGGCCGAAUAAUGACCGUCCACAAAAUAAUUUGGAAUUCCCUGCUUCAGGUUACCCGACAACACAAAUGCCACCACCACCACCACCUCCACCACCACCACCACCGCCAUCUCCUCCACUUCUGCCCAGAGUCACUGUCAACAGUGCAACCAACAGGCAAGUGGCAAUAUGUUGCAUCCCAUCUUCUAGUAGUCCUACAGCUUCUACAGCAUCGACCAGUUUGGUCAGCAUUGCUCCCGUAGCCACCUCCAGGGUUGCGCCUACCAUCGCCAUCACGGCCACUGCCAAUUCUCGCCCUCCAGUCACACUCAGUCUUCCCCCGGCAAGCCCACCAAAUCUACGGGAUAGCAAAAAGAAGCACUUGGUGUUACAUCUGCCUCCACCUCACAACCACCACCACCACCAUCACCACAACAACCAUAACCACCACGGCCAUCAUAGUCAGCAUCACCGCCACAUGUUCCACCAUGAUGCCCUUAGGGACCGCAGUCACAAGAGUGUUAAGAGCAUCGCAUCGGUACCUCCACCAAGGGACAAGAUUACCCGGGGAAUGUAUCAAAGUAUCCAGUCAUCGGGGAAACUUAAGAUCUCUCCUGAAUUGCAAGUAGAAUUCACCGCUGAUGAUCUUCGUGACUUGGGUGAGAUAGGCCGAGGGGGCUUUGGGACGGUGAACAAGAUGGUCCACCGCAAGAGUAACACCAUCAUGGCUGUUAAGAGAAUACGUUCGACAGUGGACGAGAGAGAACAAAAACAGUUAUUGAUGGAUCUAGAAGUGGUCAUGAGAAGCAAUGACUGUCCAUGUAUUGUACAAUUUUAUGGUGCCAUAUUUAAGGAGGGAGACUGUUGGAUAUGCAUGGAACUGAUGGAUACAUCAUUGGAUAAAUUUUACAAAUUUAUUUAUGAACGAAUGCAUGAGAGACUACCAGAAAACAUGCUUGGGAAGAUAACAGUUGCAACACUAACGGCUCUGAAUUACCUGAAGGAGAAAUUGAAAAUAAUACACCGAGAUGUAAAGCCUUCUAAUAUAUUACUGGAUAAGCGAGGCAACAUAAAACUGUGUGAUUUUGGCAUAUCUGGUCAACUGGUAGAUUCCAUUGCCAAAACCAGAGAUGCUGGAUGCAGGCCUUAUAUGGCGCCAGAGCGCAUAGACCCUGCCAGAGCUCGCGGUUAUGAUGUGCGCUCUGACGUUUGGUCGCUGGGCAUUACUCUCAUGGAGCUUGCCACUGGAAGUUUCCCAUACCCUAAGUGGAACUCUGUAUUUGAGCAGCUGACACAAGUGGUACAGGGAGAACCGCCUCGUCUUUCACCAAAUGAAAAUGGAAACAUCUUUUCAGAGGAAUUUGUGUGUUUUGUUAACACUUGCCUCAUCAAGGACGAAAGUUCUCGCCCUAAGUACAAGCAGCUUCUCGAGCACCAGUUUGUUAUACGCUCUAGAGCUGACCCUAUGGAUGUAGCGGAGUUUGUGUGUGGCAUAUUGGACAAGAUGGCUAAUAAUGGACGAGUUAUGUAUACAUACGACUCUUAUAACUGCUGAUGAAGCUCUCGUCAUAGCACCUUUUGCCCUGCAGCUUUAGUUCUUGGACUAUGAAUAAUGCAGACUUGUCAGAGCUGGAGUUCAGGCAGUGCAGCAUUUAUUUUUGUGUAUGAUACGUUACACUGGUAAGCACGUGUCUGUUCGACCGAGAAUGUCGGCUUGGCUCCAGCUUGGUGAUGACAGGCACUAAAUGGCAGCAAGUUGGGCCAUAGUAAUUUACUGUCAUAUUUUAUGCAGUGGAAUGAAUUUAGAAUUGAAAAAUUAUAUUGUCAGAAAACUGAAGAAAGCCCAAGUUGGUAAGGAGCUUUUCUGUUGUAUGGAGAGUAUGGCGUUAAGCAUUAAAUUAUAAGUUACUUAAAAUUUUGGCUUAACAAAUGGAGACUUAAGAUAGAGUAGAGUACUGUACUUGUAUUGGUGGUUAUGAAGUACGCAUGGUGUUACUGUGGGUGGUUGCACUGUGAUUGUUGGCCAGGCAUUGUUGAUUGCACUAGUUUUAGAUGCUCUUCAUAAUGGCAUAUUUUGUAUGCAUAACUCCUUAGAUGAGAAGUUGAUGAGUGACUCUAGAUUUACCAUUGUUAAUGGUAUUCUUUAAUGAUGAACUUGACUGUGUUCCCUGAUGUAAUAAAAAGACAAAAAAAGUAAUAUAGCCUCAAAAAUAAUUAUAUCAUAACACUCAUUUAGAUUACAAAUAUUUAGGAAGAAGACUAUUUUUAGUGCCAUUGUUAUAUAGUGUGAUUAUGAUUUUAGAAAAUUAUUUAUUUAUUGUAUAGGGUGUUGAACUGCAUUUCCCUAGAGUGAUCUUUAGAAGUUUGUGUGCAAGUGAGUGAGUGAGUAAGUAAGUAAGGGAGUGAGUGAGUGAGUGCCUGUGUUCAUGCAUGCGGGAAUGACAGGAACAAAACUUCUUUAAAAUAAACUUUGAUUGCUUUGCUGUGGUUCUUGGGUUAUUCCUUACAUAAUAUGGAUAUAAUGAAACCAAAUUGGGUUUACAUUUUAUUUUCAGGGUCACAUUUAAGUUUUUUUGGCUUAGUUUUUCAAUAAUAAAAUUGUUUUGCUUCAGUUUGCCUUAUCACUGUGGGACAGUUGUGGAACUGAGGAAUGAAAGUGAUUUUUAUUUUGUUCUAUCAUUGUCUUUGCAGAUGGUCAUUAUAUUCUUUAUUUUUUCUGUAUUGAGAAAGUUGUAAAAAUUGGGUAGGUAACAAGACAUCUUUAUUUGUGAUUAGUUUGUUUGAGUUUGAAUGAUGAACUUUCUAAUUUGUGUAAUUGGCAGAAGAGUAUAGUGGCCUCAUGAGAUUGUAAGUGGAAGGUUGCCCCCAUCAUAGUGAACACUUGAGAACCACUACCACCGAGCUCAGCGAUCAAAGUAAUACAAUGCACCUAGUUUGUCUGGGCUCGUGAGGGGCUCUUGAUAUAGUAUUAUUUUCCGACAAUAUUGUUGCAAGCACCUGUGUCCUGUAAUAAAAAAAAUAUUUUAA